AUAGCACUUAUCUUACAAAAGCAAAACAUAAAGAGUGAAAAACGCAGCGCAUUUCUGCACAGUCGCCUUCAAAUCGUUUACUAGUGAACAUCGUUCCAGUUUUUCUGGUCAGCAGUUCUAAUCGUAUUGAUUAUUCAGCGCAAUUAUUUGGAAUAAAAAAUCAGCAAUUGGAAAGGCUACGGCGUAAUUUCUUGUAACAGGUUUAAAACAAAGAAACCAAAACAAAAUGUCGGAACUUCAUUUUGAUCAAUACGAAAAGUACAAUUUUGACUUCGAUAAGCACAUGUUCUCCGGACAUUCGGGAAAACAACGCUCGAAGAAGGAAGCCAGUUCUCACACGAAUCAUUUUGACCCGUCCGGACACUCGCGAAAAAUUAUGACUAAACUACGCAACACGGAACAGAACAAGAAGGACAAGAAAAAUUAAGUAGUGAUUGCCAUUGAAAAUCCUACACUACAUACAGCAUAUACACAAAAUGAUGACUUUCUGGCUAUAUUUCAAGUGGUACCCAAGUUGAUUUUAUUUUAUUGCGAUACUCUAAAUGAGAAAAAAAAAUCAAUCAUCGUCUCUCGAGGGAUGCAAAAUGGUGCGUUUUGUGUUUUUCAAGAUCUUUUUUUUCAACGUCCCAACACAGUGCAAUAAAAGUAUCUUUGUUGUAACGUGCUCCAGAAAAAAAAUGCUUAUGUGUUGAUUGCGUACUUUGCGCAUCGUUGACCUUGCGAUCGCUACUUGUUGGCGUUCUAGGUUCAAGUUGUUCAACAAAAAAGAUAUAUGGAGGAGUAACUAAAUUAUUGAUUUGCCUUUGAUUUUACUUUAAGAGUUAAAAUGUUCGAAUAAAUACAUCGUCAUCUCAUUUUA